UACGCGUGCGCACUUGCCUGCCCAAACCGCGCUCAGCCCCGGUGAUUGCCAUAGCAACGAAGCGCUGAUUUUUUUUCAACUGCCCUUGCGUCUCUUCUUUGCCCGAGUUAGGUUGCCGCUAGUCUCCAUGGAGAUGGCCCCGGCUCAGGUCUUCGCGGCGCUUGGCCCAGAUCUCAGCCACGAGAAGGCCAAGUGGGCAAGGGUCGAGCGCCGCGGGGCAAAAUCGCCUUCGUCCGGAACGGGUGAGAGAGAGGUGCAGGUCAGCGCCACCGCGGAGGUAUCAGCGCCGCCUGACCGGGCGCGGGUCUGCGUGCUGGUCGGCAGCAGGAAGGAGGCGGCGGUGCAGGCCAAGAGCAGUGUGAUCCGGCGGCUCGACUACAUCGUGCAGAAUGUGCGGGGCCACGGCGUCCAGGAAGACAAUAUUAUAGUGACUAAGGAUUUUCGCCGAAUUGAAAAUGGCUAUCAGAUGGAAGCAGAGGUCAGUGUAAUAUUCAGUGAUUUUGGCAAGAUGGAAGAUUUAUGUAACCUGUUAGUGGAAAAAUUAGACAAUUCUGUCAUUGUUAGUUCACCUCAGUUCUUCCACACACCCGAAGUUGUGGAAAACAUCAGACGGCAGGCAUGUCUUCGAGCUGUUGCAAAUUCUCGCCGUAAAGCUUUUGAAGUGUGCCGCUUGCUUGGCCAGUCCCUGGGCAGACCUUUGAUCAUUCGGGAAGAAGAAACCAAAGAGAGUGAAGGUGGUGCUUCUGAACCACUAACUCCUGAUAACACAAGGCCAUUGACAAUGCAGCAGCAGAUUAACAAUGCAUCUGUGACUGUUUAUUCCAAAGUGUUUGUGACUUUUGAACUUAAAUCAAAAGACAAUUGCAAAAGGAAUAAUUAAGUUGUGCUUUUAAGGAAACAAUGAAGUUUUUAAUGCAUAUUUGGGACAGCAAUAUUGUGACUGUAGUUUGGAGAUUUUUUUAGUUUAAAUACUGUAUAUUUUUGUCCUUGAAGCAAGUAAAAUAGGUGCAUUGAGCUUUUGCAUUGCAGCACUUAUUACUAAUAAACCAGUGUGGAACUGAUUGCAAUCAGCAUCAAGGACUGUGAGGAACAAAAAAGAACAACUUUUGUAAAAGGAAUCUAUAAGACAAUUUAUAUUAUAUAUAUCCCUCAUGGUUCCACCUCCUCCUUCCACUUCCAUUGUUUUCAAGGGCUAUGACGUCAAUGCUUCCCCUCCCCCACCCCUUUGUCUUUCAAAUUACUGGACUUUCAACUGAAGCUACAAGCAUUCUUCAAAUCCUUCCCCAUCUUUCAUUCUUCAGUCCUGAUGAAGGGUUCCAGCCCAAAACGUCGACUCAUCGUUUCUAAUUGAUGCUGCCUGAGCGGCUGAGUUCAUCCAGUGUACUGAAAGUGUUGCUUUGAUCACAGCAUCUGCAGAUUAUUUUGUAUUUCUGAACUAUUACUCUGCCUAGUCCCAUCAACCUGCACCUGAACCAUAGCCUUCCAUACCCCUCAAAUCCACAUACUUAUCCAAACUUAUCUGAAAUGUUGUAAUCGAACCCGCAUCCACCACUUCCACGGGCAGCUUAUUCCACACCUCAAACCACCCUCUGAGUGAAGAAGUUCCCCUUCAUGUUCCCCUUAAAUAUUUUAACUUUCUCUGUUAACUCAUGACCUCUAGUUCUAGUCUCUCUUUACAACCCUAUCUACCUGUAAUGCCACUUUCAAGGAAGGAUGGGCCUGUAUUCCCAGAUCUUCUGUUCUACCACACUUUGCAGUGCCCUACCCUGGUUUGUCCUCCCAAAUGCAACACCUCACACUUUUCUGCAUUAAAUUCCAUCUGCCUCUUGUCAACCCAUAUUUUUCAGCUCUUCCAAAUCCCACUGCAAGCCUUGAUAGCCUUUUUCACUAUCAGCUACACCCCCAAUCUUGGUGUCAGACAUCCCACCCUGCAAAAACUCAUUUCAGGGAGGUAGCACCAUCAAUUUGUGGGAGACUCCCAGGGGAGGUGGGAUAUCUGCAAUAGAGUAGUUCCUUAGCAGCUGGACAGCUAGUUUAAAUAACGUUAGCUAUGCUAAUGAAUGAAUGACACCUGUUAAACUCACCUCAACAUGUCUUUUACAGUCUUAACCCACCAUGGGCAAUAGAAAAGUCACUGUUGCAAACAGUGCAGCGAGCAACACUGUCAUUAUUUUUACCCCUAUUAGGCAGGGGUACACUUUAGAGUAGUCUGGGGUGACGUACGUUUUAUAUUUUCUUUGGAACACUCUGCCAUGGCGUGCGCACUGUCUCUCAUGUUUGCUCGCGUGCUGUCAAGCGCUCUUGCUUGCUCUCGCUUGCACUGUCUCGCUCGCUCGCUUGCUCUCUCUCGCUCGCACACUCUCUCUCGCUCGCUUGCUUGCUGUCUCGCUCUCGCGCUCUCUUGUAUUCUCUCGCUCGCUCUCAAAAAAAUUGAUUUCCGUGAUACUAUAUAUAAUUUGCGGGCAUCAGGGAGCCACUAUUAAUAUGCAGGGGACUCCCGGAACUUCCGGCUGAUCCAGUUUACUACAUUAUCAUGCAGAUUGUUGAUAUAGAUGACAAACAACAACAGAACCUGCACUGAUGUUGUGUCGUUUGUCUAUCUUUUUCUCUACUAAGCAUGAGCUUUAGUAAUAGACUACCAAGUUCUAAUCCUAACCUCCCUUCUAUGAUACGCAAAUGUCAGUGAACAGAGAUUAACCUCUCUGCACUUAAUCACAAUGGAGUUUCAGCAAUAGGAGUACAAGUGUGAUCAUCACAAUAAAUUUGUACCCUAACACUUUGUAGACUUGCAGUACUAUGCAAAAGUCUUAAGCACAUGUAAAAUAAAACCUGUAAAGCAAAAAUCCUUUCAAGAAUUUAAAAUAGUUUCUACAUAUCAAAAAAAUUACUAUAAAGAGCAGUGAACUCUAAAAAAUGAAAUCAAAUCAAUAUUUGGUGUGAUGUAACCACCCUUUGCCUCUAAAACUGCAUCAAUUCUUGGGUACACUGUCAUGCAGUUUUAUAGAAAAUUGACUGGUAGAUUGUUCCACACAUCAUGGAAAACUUACCACAGUGCUUCUGCAGAAUUUGGCUGUCUUGCUUGCUUCUGUCUCACCAGGUAAUUACAGACAGCCUUGAUGAUGUUGAUAUUAUACCAUUUGUUACAGAACUUACUGUUCUUCUUUUUGCUGAAGAUAGUUCUUUAUGACCUUGACCGUGUGUUUGGGGUCAUUGUCUUGCUGCAGAAUGAUGUUGGGACCAUUUAGAUGCCUUCCUGAUGGUAUUGUGUGAUGCAUGAGAAUAUACUUGCACUUCUCAGCAUUGAGGAUUCCAUUAAUUCUACAAGAUCACCAGCUCCAUUUUCAGAAAUGCAGCCCCAAACCUGCAGGGAACCUCUGCCGUGCUUUACUGUUGGCUACAGUCAUUCAGCCAUAUAGUACUCUCCAGCUCUUCUACAGUUGAGUCUCUUGGCUUUGUUUCCACUUCAGAGGAAUGACUUCUUGGCAGCAACUCUUCCAAGAAGACUUCUGACAAGACUUCUCCAGACUGUGAAGGGGUGUACUGUACUUGGGUUCCAGUGGUUUCUAUGAGUUCAGAGCUGAUAGCAAUGCUGGACUUCUUGCAAUUUAGAAGGGAAGUCAGUUAGAUGUAUCUCUUGUCUGCUGUAUUCAGUUUCUGUGGCUAACUACUGUGUUUCUGUUCAUCAACCUUGCUCAUUUCUUCGUGCUCCUUUAGAAGAGCUUGGACAGGACAUCUUGAAAUUCCUGUCUAUCAUGAAAUUUCUGCUUCGGAGAGACUUGCUGAUACAGGAUGACCACUUUGUCUUGUUGCUAAGAUCAUUCAUGCCAUGGUCUAAGAAUUGAUGAUUUGAAGGUUGAACUAUCACGUCUGUCACAUAGUCAUCUUUUAGUUUAGUUGUCCUUUGUCCAGUUUGAUUCCUUCUACACCUAUUUUUGUUUCAGUUAAUCAGUUUAGUUCAUUCAACUAAUGUGAUUGAUCAUUUGGAUCCUGUUUGUUAUCUUUGUUUAAUCAUUCACUGGGCUUUAUACCUACAAAAGUAAUCAAGUUUUUAUUUGAAAAGUAGUCUAAUAUUUAAUAUGUUACUUUCUUUAACAAAAUACAAAAAUGUCUCUUAACUUUCAAUUUUUUUGGAAAAUGAAUGUUUGGAUAUCUAAAAUUUGCUCUUUUCUACUGACAAGGCAGAAGACAAAAACAUUUAAAACAAAAUUUAUUUUAAAAAACCUCAGCAUGCCCAAAACUUUUGCAUAGUACUGUAAGUAUUCAGUUGCCCUAAGAAUCCAAAAUCAAAGUACACUUAAAACCAUAUAUUUUAUUAUGUUGAUUAUGGGUCCAUCUUACCAACAAACUUCUGUAUAAGAAUAGCCAUUCCAGAAAAAAAGCUAGUUCUUACUAGCAAUAAUUUUUUGAUUAAAAGAUGGUUGUGAUGCUAUUAAAACUUUUAGGCUAUAGUGCAAAAUUCUUUCCAAGGCUGUAUACCAACUUAUACUAAGCAAACCACACCCCUUCUGUCUGAUGGGGUUGGAGUUCAAAUGUUAAAACUGACUGUAGGGAACAUCUGAGGAUAGGAGCCUAGAAAACAUUCAGAACAUCUCAGUCAAUUAAAACCAAAAACAUGAAAUGGGAACAUCAGAAGAUAGAUUAAGAUUAGCUUUAUUUGUCACAUGUAGAUCAAAGCAUACAGUGAAAUGUGUCGCAGGCAACAAAUCAAGUCGUAGAGAAUUGUGUUGUGCAGCCUGCAAGUCUCACCACAUUUCUGGUGCCAUCACAGCAUGCUCGCAACUUGCUAACUCUAUCUGUAAGUCUUUGGAAUGGAGGAGGAAACCUGUUUGGUCACGGAGAAUGUACAGACUCCUUACAGGCGGCAGCAGGAAUUGAACCCUGAUCAAAUAUCAUUGGUGCUAUAAUAGCAUUAUACUAAUUGUUUCACCUUAAUGGAACAAUAAACUGUACAGAAUUAAACACUUACAACAACAGACUUCCAGCUUUCAAUGUAACAAUCACUGAUACUGAAGACAAAGCAGAGAUAUUUUUGAAGAUGUGCUUCCAUAAAAUUAAUCAGGAAAUUAUUCAGAUGUAUUUCCACAAAAGAAACUAAUUUCAUUGUCCAUUGAACCUGUCACGAAAUACUUGAUUCAAUCACUCUGUCUCUGUGCAUACAUUCUACUGGGCUUUCCUAAUUGGCAUCCAUGCUUGGGAUCCUGGACCUUGGAAGCAGGCCAGGGGCAUACAGACAGUGAAAGUCUGGAUGUCAUUCUCAUGCUUAUGCACAAAUAACUUGUCCAAAAUUUCUUCUAGCUUCAGGUUUCCAACAAUAUUGUUUCAAGGUAGUUAUUUCCUUAUAAAGAGACUGCUUCCCCUCACAGAUGAAAGGGGGUUUGUUUUAUAAUCUGUUUAUUCUUAUCCUGUAAUAUUAGACUGUUGUUACUCUUGUCCCCACUGGGGAGUCAUUGUGCUUUUCUCUGGAAUAUAGUGGAGAAGAGGCCCCGG